AUGGCUAGCGCAAGAAGUUUGGUAGCCAAGGCAAACAAUACUAAUGUAGGCUCAUUAAUCUUAAUGGUCUUCGUGCUAUGUUCUUGCGUAGCUAAUGGUGAAUAUCUCGGUGGCCGUCGUGGCCUUGCCGCUGCUGCCGGCAACCCUACGGUCUUUGAUAUUACGAAAAACGGAGCAGUGGCAGAUGGUACCACCAAUUCUUUCAAGGCAUUUUUAGACACAUGGAUCCAAGUGUGUGCCAGUCCUGUACCAGCAACGCUACUUGUCCCUAAAGGAGAGUUCUUGACUGGUCCAGUGAUUUUUGCUGGUCCAUGCAAGAGCAAAGUGACCGUCGAAGUUCAAGGCACAAUUUUCGCUACACCAGCCGGAUAUGCAACUCCUGAAUGGUUCUUAUUCGAACAUGUUGAUAAUGUCGUCCUCACCGGACCCGGCACAUUCCACGGCAAAGGUGAAGACGUAUGGAAAGCAGAUGGCUGUGGCCAACAAGCCGUCUGCAAUCUUCCUCCAACGUCUCUAAAAUUUAGAAACAUCUUAAAUCUUGAUAUUUCGGGCAUUAGCUCGGUCAACGCAAAGGCCUUCCACAUGUUCUUGGUGAAAACUACGAAUGUCAAAGUCAACAACAUCAAGCUUAUUGCCCCUGCGGAAAGUCCUAACACCGAUGGUAUCCAUCUGAGCAAUGCGGUCAACGUUCACAUCAUUGACAGUGUAGUAGCGACAGGAGAUGACUGUAUAUCUGUUGGUCGUGGUUCCACCAAUGUAACCGUCGAACGCGUGAUUUGUGGCCCAGGACACGGCCUAAGUGUCGGUAGUCUUGGAAAGUAUCCCAACGAGGAGGACGUUAGCGGCAUUCACUUUAGGAACUGCACCAUGAAAGAUACCGACAAUGGUCUUAGAAUCAAGAGUUGGGGUGGCUCGUCUCCAAGCACGGCUGUGGACAUCACCUAUGAAGAUAUUAUUAUGACAAAUGUCAAGAACCCAAUCAUCAUUGACCAAAACUACGGCACAAGAGGCGGAGAUUCAAAUGUUGCCAUAAGCAAUGUGUUGUUCAAGAACGUAAGAGGAACAACAAUUACAAAAGAUGAAGUUCAGAUCAUGUGCAGCAAAUCAGUACCGUGCAAAGGAGUCAAUGUCGUUGACGUGAACUUGGACUACGUAGGAAGCCCAGGAGGACAUCCCUCGGCGUCAGGAGGUUUGGUCGGAGCUCUUUGUGACCACGCCAAUGUUGUCUUUGGUGGAAAACUUAGCUUCCCUUUGCCCAAAUAA